UGAGUGAGAAUUUUGUAUUAUAUCGUAUGAAGGAGAGGAACGUUUGUAACAUGUUUGACAUAUGGCACAAGAGAUUUUAUAUCCUUUCGAAUAAACUUAAAACAUGAAACAGAUCUUAUUUAAAAAUAAAUACUUGUGCAAUAGCAUUUAAGGAAGUUGUAUUUAUAAAAAUAUAUAAAAGAUGAAGUUAAUCUCAAAAAAUGUUGACAAGGAUGGGAAGGGAAGAGUAGGUCUUGUACCAGAGAAUACUGAAGAUAUGUGGCAUGCUUAUAAUAUAAUAGCAGAAGGAGAUUUUGUCACUUGUUCGACCUUUAGAAAAGUACAAAUGGAAUCAUCAACGGGAAGUUCUAGCAGUUAUAAAGUAAGAACCACUCUUACAAUAUGCGUUGAAGGCGUUGAUUUUGAUACUCAAGCUUGUGUCCUUAGACUCAAAGGUAGAAACGUAGUAGAAAAUAAAUAUGUUAAGACUGGACAAUAUCAUACUUUGGAUGUGGAGCAAAAUCGAAAAUUUACUAUUACUAAAGAGAAAUGGGAUUCGAUUACAUUAGAAAGGGUGGAUACUGCUUGCGAUCCUACACAGAAAGCAGAUGUUGCUGCUGUGGUAAUGCAAGAAGGCAUCGCACACAUUUGUUUGAUAACAUCCAAUAUGACAAUAGUACGUGCAAAAAUAGAUCAAGUUAUACCUAGGAAACGAAAAGGGAAUGUUUCACAGCAUGAAAAAGGUCUGAUGAAAUUUUAUGAGAGCAUUUUACAAGGCAUUUUAAGACAUAUUAAUUUUGACAUUGUAAAAUGUGUUAUCUUGGCCAGUCCUGGGUUUGUCAAAGAUCAAUUUAUGGAUUACAUGGUUCAGCAGGCAAUUAAAUCUGAUAACAAAACGAUUUUAGAAAAUAAAAGCAAAUUUUUAUUAAUACAUUCAAGUUCCGGCUUCAAACAUUCAUUGAAAGAGGUUUUGGCCGAUCCUGCCGUAGUAUCUCGAAUUUCUGAUACUAAGGCAGCAAGUGAAGUGAAAGCUUUAGAAACAUUUUAUUCGAUAUUACAAAUAGAUCCUGCCAGAGCUUUCUAUGGUAAAAAACACAUCGAGAAAGCUAAUGAGGCUCAAGCAGUAGAAACAUUACUUAUAUCAGAUAAAUUAUUUAGAUGUCAGGAUAUUGCACUAAGGAAAGAGUAUGUUGCAAUAGUAGAAAACGUCAAAGAAUAUAAUGGGGAUGUUAAAAUAUUUUCAAGUUUACACGUUUCUGGUGAACAAUUAGAUCAACUUACUGGGAUUGCAGCUAUAUUACGUUUUCCCAUGCCAGAAUUAGAAGAUGAAAGUGAUGGUGACGAGUCAGAAGAAGAUGAUUAAUUAAGUUCUCGAUAUAUACAUAUAUAAUUCUGUACAUACUUGUGCUAUACAUGGUUAAAAAUAUCAUAUUAAUAAUAAAACUGAAGAAGAUUCA